CCUCAGCACAUCCGAUCCCUCAGCCAAAUACCCGAUCCUGUCGUUCUUUUCCAUCCAACUUUUGCAUUACACGAUUAAUCAGAAUUCGCCUGGGCCUUGUUCAAUUUGCCAUCCCGUCCCCAUGCAGUUUCCCUAUCGGUUUCUUCGAUUUCCUCGAUUCCUGUGAUCGCAAACCCGGAAUCUCGAUCCUCGAAACCUCGAUCCCCAACACAUCGACAUUUCCAUCGACAUUCCCAUCCAAAUCCCAUCGAGUUUUUCCAUGGUUUCCGUCAAAGCUGAUGUGCAGCUGAUCCACAAACGGCCCAAGCUCGGGUUGCAGAUGUCGGCGGAGGCGGAAGGGGAGGCGGCGGCGAAUGCAUUCGCGUCCGAUGCAGCGCCGGACAACGCCGAUGCCCACGCGCCGCUGCCGCCAAUGUCCUUUGACCAGAUCAAGGCGACGGAGAUGAUACAGAGAAUUCACGACGAUGCGAGACAGUUGCUCCAAAACAUUCAGGGUCUGGUCGAUGGCACCUGUUCGAAAGGCGGCUGCGAGUGCGGCGAUUGCUCUAGAGAGACGACGAGCAGCAACUCGAGAAUACUAGCUGCGCAGAGCUUAUCAGAGGCUAUCGCCAGCAACCUGGAUGACCUGGCGCUGCUGUCCUACAGAAGCACCACAGAUGCAGACCGGCAACAGUCUGUGAGCCCCAAAGCGACCAGGAAAAGGCGCUAUUCCAACGUGGCGGCAUUUGAUCGCACUUCAAAAGUGAAGCGUGUGGUGGACGACUCCCUUUGCUGCCACACCUGCCAGGCGACGAGCACGCCGCAAUGGAGAGACGGACCCGACGGUCGGUGGACGCUCUGUAAUGUUUGUGGACUAUUAUAUGCGCAUCAUUUACGCAAGAACGUUUCUAUUGCACGUCCAAAAACCCAAGAGACGAUGGGGAGGCACAUUUAGCGGCGAGAUUGUGGAGAGGCAAAUAUGUCAGUGGGCGGCGUAACGGAGCAUUGUAUUCAUGAUAUUUGAGCGAGGCGUCCUAGGAGUAUACGCUGAGCGCCAGCGACGGGAAUUCUUCGUUAAAGCAUCGUAAUUGUUUUCUUUUUUCACGAUGAACAGAUACCCGACGAGACUUGGAAUUAAGCAUGAUGAUUCUUCUUGUUGAACGGUCUGAUGGUGGCGAUUCGCCUUGUCCCGGAACGUGUGAACCCACUCAACCGUGCGGUCCAGCUUGUGCUGUUCCACCAUAUUAAACGGGAUUUCGACGAAACCAUUCACAGUUUCUUUCGUCCCAGAUACGGCCAUUAGGUAAUUUAGAAAUAAACGGG